AUGUUCUUCCUGAAGACAUGUAGCCUCUUUCAUUUCAACACUGCCAACAUCAGCCAAGUAAAAGCAAACAGAGUUAUGGAGUUCACGUUUAUUGACAAUAAUGACGGCAUUGACCGCGGCACAAGGACCUUGAUCCGCCAUCGCGCUGCAAAAGGGUGGAACCUUGGACGCAGGAUCAAUCGGCCAUCGCGUGUAAAAGCAUUCGAGCGCCGAGUUCCGAAAGAGACACCCACCACUGCUGGGCUUAAGCAUGCAUCCACAAGGACGCUUCCUGAAAGCGGCGAAGAGGACUCGCCUCCUCAUAGAGACACUGAGGACGUGCUCCCACCGGUUGAGCCUGUGAUAGGCGAUUGCGUAUCUGUCUUAUGCCUCCCUAUAGAAGUAGCCCAGAAAGACAGGGUGCUCUUGUACGAUGCUGUGGCUUUCAUGAGAUCUCCGCGAUGUGCACCGAGUUUAGCCAAAGCGCUUGCUCAGGUCAGUGUCAAUCAGUCAAUAUUCCUGCAAUUAAUAUUCACAGACCAAGCCUACUAUCACUGCGCUUUGGCUUUUGUUCUUGAAUGCACCAAACCUUCUCCACAAGCCAAUAUCUCUGCAACUCGUCACAUCACUCAGGUCUUCCGUCUAAUCAAUGAGCGUAUAUCUCGCGGCGAGCGAAUUACAUAUCCCACAAUGGUGGUAGUCAUGAGCCUAUCAACGUAUGAGUCUACCCGUGGUCGCUACGACCGCGGCAUAAUCCACCUCUCGGGUCUUCAUCGAAUGAUCGAGAUGCAGGGCGGCUUGGGCCGCGUUGGCUUGGAAAAGCCUGAGAUUAUGCAAAAGAUAUAUCGAGCCGAUCUUGACUAUGCGCUUCGACUUGGGUCGUUCCCGAAACUGGAUAUAGAGCUCUUUGAGAACACAAAGACUAUGGAGAGAUUGACUUUAUCUCCCAGUAUGGAUCUAUAUAUUCCUUCUGCUAUAUCUAGUCAGAGAUUUCGAGAACAGUUUGGCACCGAGUUUUGUGACCUCUGGGACAACGUGGCUGCUCUAUCUACGCUCGUCAAUGAGGCGAGCGCCGGGGAACGUUCAAAGCUACCCACGAUAGAAUUUCUACGAAGUCACGUCUGGCUCGGCCAUAGACUUCUGAAGUAUGCCCCGUUGAGCUCGCCGCGUUCACUAAAUCGCAUCCAGAGCAUAGCGCAUUUGGGCCUUUUGACGAUAAUCAGCUCUUUUUUAUGCGGCCUCGAUCGUCGCGUAACGGAAAACUCUAUCCUGUCUCAAAUGAUCCGCAAAGAGGCCAAUUUAGAGCCAGAUGAUGAGCAUCAAGAUCUUCUUUUAUGGAUUUUGUUCUUGGGGGCGGCGGUUAUUCUACAGGAUCCCGGCCAUGAUGACUGGCUCAUCCCAAGAACUUGGGAAACAAUGCAGAAAUUACGAGUAACCACUUGGAGCGAGAUUAUGGGAGCUCUUUCAAAUCUCCCUUGGAUCAAUGAUUUUUAUGAAAAAGAGAGCUUGGCAUUCUACUACAGAGUCUCUCACUAUGGAGAAAUUUAG